AUACGUCACUGUCUGUGUAGCUAUAAACACAAGCUGCAUCUAUCCAUUCAGCUGUACUUGGGCACACAGGCUUGUGUCAAUGAUGAGCAGAGUUGGUCCUCUUUCUUAGUUAUUCAGCUACUUUUUGAAACUAGCUUAGCAAUUCCGGAGCCCAUCUGACAAGAGGAAUUCUUGGAUACAGUUUUAAUGCCCAGUAGACCUAUAAUGAGGAAAUGGAUGCUGGGAUUGCUAACGGUCUGUCUUUUCCUGACACACACCAGAGGACAGGAUCAGAAGGACACCCAAGCUGGUUGUAGAACCACUCCAAAUGACUUGGUGUACAUCAUUGAUGGCUCUUCAAGUCUGGGGCUUGCGGACUUCGACACGGCCAAGCGUUGGCUCAUCAACAUCACCAGCAGCUUUGACGUGAGUUCCCGACACACGCAGGUGGCCGUGGUCCAGUACAGCGACACUCCACGACUAGAGAUCCCUCUGGGGAAGCACCAGAGCACUCAGGAACUUCUCAGAGACAUUGCUUCCAUCUCCUACCUGGGGGGCAAGACCCAGACCGGCCGUGCCAUUAAGUUCGCCACUGACCAUGUCUUCUCCACACCAAACUACACUAAGAAGGCCACAAGAAACCGCAUUGCUGUGGUUCUAACUGAUGGCCGCUCGCAAGAUGAUGUGGUGGACUCAGCAAUGGAGGCCAAAGCCCAGAACAUUGUCUUGUUCGCUGUUGGUGUGGGCAAUGAGAUCACGAACGCUGAGCUGGUGUCCAUGGCCAACAAACCUUCGUCCACUUAUGUGCUUCACGUGGAGGACUACACCUCCAUUGGGAAUAUAAGGGACAGGAUGGAGCAGAAACUCUGCGAGGAAUCGGUGUGUCCUUUGAGGAUCACUGGUACGGUGAACAGGCAGAAGGGCUUUGACCUGAUGAGUCUGAUGGACAUUGAGGUGGUGGCUAAAAAGGUCCAGGGAUCUCUCAUUUCAGAAGGCGCUUACCUGCUGAACCCUCGCUUGGACCUCACCCGCAGCACCAGAGAGAUCUUUCCAGAAGGCCUCCCUCCUUCAUACGUGUUUGUGGCCACUCUGCGUGUGAAGAACCCAGCACACCGUAUGAAGUUUGACCUCUGGAGGGUGCUGUCUGAGGAUGGGAUCAAGCAGGUUGCUGUGACCUUUAACGGAGCUGAGAAAUCGGUGACCUUCACCAGCACCAGCACAGCGAAGAAUGAACAGACAGUCAUAUUCAAUGACCGAGGCAUUAAGAGGCUUUUUGAUACAGACUGGCACCAGCUGAAGCUGUUGGUGAAGCCCAAACGCAUCACUUGUUACCUAGAUGAUGUGUAUGUGGAGGAGCAGCUCCUGGACCCAGUGGUUCCUAUUUACGUCAACGGCAAGACACAGGUGGCCAAAAAAGUCAACAUAGAAACCACUGUCCCAAUCAUCCUGCAGAAGCUGCGGCUUUAUUGUGAUCCGCUCCAGAGUGAGAGAGAAACAGCUUGUGAGAUAUACUCUGUGGAGGAUGACAGGUGUCCUGCAGAUCGUGCUCUUGCUGUGGAGGGAUGCGAGUGCCCCAGUGGCAAACCUGGUCCACCUGGCCUACCUGGUCCUAUGGGGUUCAGGGGAGAAAAGGGGCGAGAGGGACCCCCCGGCCCAGAUGGAAAGCCUGGGAAGCCUGGAGAAAGAGGGACACCUGGGGAGCCUGGAAGAAAUGGGGAGAAAGGUGAGGCAGGUCAGCCAGGACAAAAAGGAGAGAGAGGACUGACUGGUGCCAAAGGGGAUAUGGGAAUACCAGGACCACCAGGAAGACCUGGCCCCCCAGGACCAACAGGCCCCGGACUGUCUACAUGGGAUGAUUCUGGAGUAGAAGGAAGCAAGGAAAUCUCAGGACAGCCAGGGGAAAUGGGACCUCCAGGAAAACCUGGACCAAUGGGCGAGCCUGGUAUACCUGGAAAAGAUGGACUCCCUGGGCCCGCUGGACCAAAGGGUGAAAAAGGGGAUGCUGGUUUUCCUGGAGCAGAUGGACAGAACGGGAUUCCAGGCAUCAAAGGAUUUCCAGGAGAAACAGGGCCUGUUGGACCCAAGGGCGAGAGAGGCCUACCAGGACCAACAGGCUCGAUUGGACCGACAGGACCUCAGGGACCACCAGGACCAGUUGGACCACCUGGGGCAGAGGGUCCAGUCGGUCCAAAGGGGAACUUUGGGGCUCGAGGGCAGGACGGCCUCCCAGGAGCACCUGGCCCUAAAGGAUCGGACGGUGAGCCUGGGAUUCAGGGGCCUCGAGGAAUUCAGGGCCUACCAGGUUUAAAAGGCCAAAAGGGUGAAUCUGGAGCGUCUGGGCAGAAAGGAAGUCAGGGACAAAAAGGCAGUGACGGAUCACCUGGGGUACCUGGAACACCUGGUGAACCCGGCCCCAGAGGGAGUAAAGGAGAGCGAGGUACAGCUGGGGAUCCAGGUAUCAGAGGGGCUGAUGGAAAAAUGGGAGACAUGGGACCGAUGGGACCAGCAGGGCCAAGAGGCUUCCCGGGUCAGGACGGGUUGCCAGGACAACCAGGGGUCCCAGGUUACCCAGGGAAACCAGGAAAGCCACCUUCAGAGGAACACUUGAUGAAGAUUUGUGCUUCAGUGCUGCAGAAUCAACUGCCACAGCUCCUUCAGGUGAUGUCACCCACUAGCUGUCAACACUGUGAGAUGGUCAAGGGACCCCCAGGUAAUCCAGGCCCCCCUGGACCCCAGGGCCCAAGUGGACCUCCAGGCUAUCCUGGCAGGCCCGGGUCUCAGGGAUACCCAGGACCACCAGGAAGUAGUGGACCUCAGGGCAUGAAAGGUGACAUGGGGCCAAUGGGCAUGAAGGGUGCUAAAGGACAAGGUGACAUUGGGUUGCCAGGUCCACCUGGCCCACCAGGUAUGCAGGGUCCUCAGGGAAAUGAAGGAGAGGGAUAUCCAGGACCCCCAGGGCCUGCUGGGAAGCCUGGCUCACCCGGCAUCCCAGGCAAACGGGGCCCUCCAGGAGCCACAGGGGUUUGUGAUCCGUCCUCCUGUUACCCGGCAUACGGUCUCCAGGACAACCACUUCAUCAAAGGGCCUAACUUUUAGCACACUGCCUCUCUGGCCUUUAUUCUGAACCCGUCACAGUGAUGAUGGUUUAAGAGGCCUACAACCACUUCCGGAGCUCCAUUUUGACUCUGUAUUGACUUUCAAGGGUUCCUGGCCUCAACUUCCAUGUUCGUAGCCCCAGUAGAGGGCAAAACACCCGAAAUGACCAAUGUAUUAUUUUUUUUUUCCAGGGAAUUAUUUGUUAUACCUUAUAUUAACCUACCUGUCUGAAAUGAAUUCCGUGUAUUAGUUUUUACUUGAGUUACAUGUACUACUUCUUAUUCUUAUCUAGAAUGAUAUUUAUAAUCUAGUGUAGCAGAUAUUUUUGCUUUUUUGGCAGCCUUUAACAUCCUAAUAGUAUGUGCAGUGUGCAGUGCAGUACAUGAGAGUACAUCAAUUUUAAACAUUAAUAUCAGAUAUAGUCGAUCAGCAGAGACAUGUUUGGUUUCCAAAUCUGAUUUAGUUUAGCGCUGGAGCGACAGGGCUAGGCUAACGUAGGUAACAUUCACUAGUCAUCCAAAUCGUUUCUGAAAAUAGAUCCCCAAACCAUCUCUCAACCUGUUCAAACCGCAUACAGGUCUUCAUUAAGGUCGUGCACACUGUUGAUGUGGUUUGAAAUCCAAUACAACUUAGUGUGAGGUGUCUGACCACUGCGUUUAGCCACACUGUGAAGUUUUGUUCAUUUUUAUAGUUCACAGUAAGUCAUACUGUUUCCUAAACCACAUCAGUGAGACUGCACAACCUUCAUGAAUUUGUGAGCAAAGUUUUGUGCCUGUAUUUGGACCAUUUUAACAAACUGGUUCAAAGUCAGAGAACACAUUUCAGACUUUUGACUGACUUUCUACUGAACUUUAGACUAAAAUCCUCUUGCUUUGAAUGACCGCAUACCCUAAUUAUGUUUAUUUUAUUAAAAUAAAUGAGUGGGUGCUUCAGUAGUGACAAGUUUAGCUAAUUUUACGCAUGUUCUAAGAAUGCUAGCCAGUACAUGACUAGCAACAACAGCUUAUAAAGAAUUAUAAUAUGUAAAUCAUAUAAAAUCAUAAUAUUUUUCAGUAAAAUAGUUUACUUAAUUGCAGAAAAUGUGUUUUGGUAGUGACAGUUCUUAAGGUCACACACUGAUUUGCAGACUUUGGGACACUUUUAUUUCAAAACAAUGGGGUCUAACUGCUCACCAUGUAGCCAUGAGGGGCAGGGAUGCAGUCUCACUUACUGCUCUAAAAUACAGGGGUGUGGCUAAAAUAGGGCUCCACCUAUGGGCUAAAACUCCUUGUUGUUUCAGUAGUGACGUGAAAAUGUGGGACAACAUUUAUCGUUUAUUUAUUUAUUCAUUUUAAAAAUUAACCUCAUGUUAAAUCUUAAUAUUUUAACUUCAUGUUAAAAGAUCUUUUUUAAAACGACAUUGAAAAGAAAAACAACAAAGACAUUAAGUAAUACUUUCACAAGUUAAAAUUUAGGGGUACUCCCAAUAGAAAGUCACCUUUAAAUGGUAAUUUUGUAUAUAUUUAGCUUAUUACUAUCUCAAUUAAUGCUAGGGGUUUAAAUAAAUCAUAAUAUAAUCCUUAUAAAUAUCUAUGGUCUGAAUACUUAUUAUUUUUUUACUGUUGGUCUGCAGCUUGAACUAAUUCAGUAAAAUUGUCCAUUUAUGGAAAAAAAAUUGGGUGACUGUUGGCUUCUGUGGUUUUUGAGCUACGCUAGCCUCAUAGCUGCAGCGCUAAAGCAAAGAAGCAAAAUCUGGGCACCAAACAUGUCUUGGAUGAUUAAGUCAAGUAGUUUCAGCAGAAAAACAGGACGAUAGGAAGAACUUGCUGAGUAAAGAAGGUACGUUUCAUUUUGAGUAAUUUGGCAGCAGUCCACAGUGUGUCUGCCCACAAUACCAUUUGUUUUAAUGUCACAUCGGUGCUCUCAAAGGAGAAAAGGUCUUCAAUCUGUAAAUAGACCUACAUUUGCACUGCCUUUGAAAAGCUACCUCUGUACUAGUAGUGAUGUAUCUGUGUUUGUUUGCUAGAUUGUAACACUUUUGAGUGUUGUUUCACUCCUGUUGUUUGUGUAGAUCUCUGGUUUCUGAAAACACAUUCAAAGUCCUUUAUUUAAUGUGGGAUAGGCUGAAAUCUGAGGUUUACUGUACUUCAUCUCUUGUGUGUGUUGUGGACUACUACAUUUGAUUUUUUGAUUUCUUUUUUUUUGAAUGUUUGAACAGUUCUCUGGAAGUCACUCGUCCCACCACCUCAGCUGUGUGGUUUGGAAGUGGUUUUGUCAGUCGUGUUGGUCACCCUUUUGUGCUUCAACUGGAACUAUCAGUAACUCGUGUUUAUUUAUUGCCUCAUUUUAAUGCAUGGACUCUUGUGAUAGCCAUGAAUGUUUUUUUUAAAGAACUUCUUUGUUGGUUGACUUUUUUUCUUGUUUCCAUUUAUGUACUCAUUGUGUUGUUUACAUUUGAACUGUUUAAAAGUAACAUUGAUUAAAUACACCUUUUUAAUUCCU